UUUUCCCAGUUGAGUUGGUAUCGAAAGGAAGUCCACGGGAUGUGCUGUAAAAACUCAAUUUUAUAGGCACAUAUCAAGGAUUUUCCUAACAAAAUGUACUUAAACCAAAGAUAAAAAUCUAGUGAGUCCACUGUCAUGUAUUACGAUAAGGUUUGAAGUSUAGAUGUCAUUGGAAGUUGUGAUGAGUGAGGAAAAACCAAAAGACAACAUGGCCAACAGCAAAUUGGAAAAGACAGGCUUCAAAACUAUAGAGACAGUAGGACGAAUGGUUUUAUUUAUAAUAGUUCGAUUCUGGAGAUUCUGUAGCGCUGCUAUGUUAACAUUGCUGCUUCUGUACUGGCUGUAUGGCGGUGUGGUGAUUUUUCUACUUCUAACAGCAGCAGUUUUCGGAGCUCUUUAUCACUACCAAGAUUCAUUCUUAUAUUUCCCAGAACAGCCUCUUUCUUCUAGAYUAUUUGUCCAAAAUCCUCGUGUAUUAGGAUUACCCUUUGAAAAYCUUUAUCUAAGGACUCAAGACGGCGUUCGGAUUAACGUUGUAUUUAUAAAACAACCGCCAAGGUUCCAGUCUACUGCACCGACUAUAAUAUUCUUCCAUGGUAAUGCUGGUAAUGUUGGACAUAGGCUKUUAAAUGCCAAAGCCUUGCAUAAUCAUUGUGGAUGUAAUGUUCUGUUAGUGGAGUACAGAGGGUAUGGGAAGAGUGAAGGGUCGCCUAGUGAAUACGGUUUUAUGUUAGAUGCGCAAGCUGCAAUGGACCACCUUUUAAAUCGGCCGGACAUUGAUAAGAACCAGAUUAUCAUAUUUGGUAGAUCACUUGGAGGUGCUGUGGCCAUAGACUUGGCUUCUCAACCUGCGUACAUGAAUAGAGCCUUUGCACUGAUUGUUGAGAACACUUUUACAAGUAUACCAGCUAUGGCUAGUGAACUUCUCAGUGGACUACACAGAUUACCUUAUUUUUGCUUUAGAAACAAGUUCAAUUCAUUUUCAAAAGUUCACACCUUGACAGUCCCAACCUUGUUUCUUUCUGGGAUGGCAGAUCAACUGAUACCACCUAGAAUGAUGAAAAUGCUCUACCAGUCUUCAGGUUCAUCCCUGAAGAAGCUUGAACCAUUUGAAGGAGGCAGCCAUAAUGAUACUUGGCAAUGUUUUGGAUAUUUGGAUGCCAUAACUAGGUUUAUAUGUGAGGUUCAACAAGCCUGUGCAUCUGGGUUGAUUUCUGGACCAAUUGUUGGCGAGGCUGAAAAACCAACUACAGCAGUCCUAAACAUACACAAAACUGGCCUAACACAAGACAUCUGAACAAUUUUAUUGUAUAUCAUGCUCAAUCUUAUGUGARUUGAUYRUGACUAGCAUUUGGGUAGGGWGGRUACUUUGGAAAUUYUUUAYAAAUUCCAAGGUACCCCUCCCUACSGAAUUACUAGUCACSAGUAAUUUACAUAARGUAGAGCAUUACCUUAUGAUAUUCCUUGRCAAUUUGUCUUAAUUUAUAACAAUAAAUCAGAUAAACCUAA